GGUGAGCGGGCGGGCGAGACGGGAACAGGUGUCCGGGGACAUCCGGUGGGCGGAUGAAGAACAGAAGGUUUGGGGAAAAGGGGGAAGCGGACAGGGGCUGGAGACAGGAGCCGAGGGGAACCGGGAAGCAGACUGUGGCUCUGUCUAUCUGUCCCUGAUCUACCUACGAAGACAGAGAUAGGAAAGGGAGCUUUGGUGUUUUCUGUUCCAGACACUUGGAAAAGUCUGCAAAGGCAAUUUAAAAUGAUGAAUCUGACUCUGACUGUGUCUCUGUCUCCGCUAGUGUUGUUAUCUAUGUUUUAGGUACUGUUUUAUCUGUUGUCUGGAUUCAUAUUUCUUUGUCUUCAACUUUUCGUGCCUCCGCCUUGGUCAGGUCUCCUCAGAAGAGGUUUCCGGCCUCAGAGAGACCUGCCUGGUGAAUCUAUCUUUGGCUCAGAUGUGGUCUCCACCUCCAUCUCUCUCUCUCUGUCUCUAUGUCUCUUACUCGGCAGCUGACAGGAUGGAGGUGGCAGCUCUCUGUUUAAUUCUCUAUUUAGAGAUGAAUUCCUUGGAUUCUGGUCAAGCAGUCUCUCUGACCGUCACCCCUACAAGGCUGCAGUUCUUCAAAUAUGACAGUUUCUCCGUCAGCUGCGAGGAGGAGGAGGAGGAGCAGAGGGAGGAAGAGGAGGAGGAGCGGGCUGGAUGGAGAGUGAUGAAGAAGACGAAGAAUAGAGAGGUGCUUCCGUGUCCGUUCUCCUGCUUCAUCAGCGCUGCCUUCCCUUGCACGCACAGCGGAGUGUACUGGUGCGAAACUGGACCGGGAACAACCACGGACACCGUCAACAUCGUUGUCACCGCUGGUCCUGUGAUCCUGGAGAGUCCAGUCCUUCCCGUGGCGGAGGGAGACCGUGUGACCCUGCGCUGCAGAGGCUUGGCCGUGACGUCCGCCGGCGACCUCGCCACUGAUUUCUUUAAGGACGGACUCCUCGUCGCGACCAGCUCCACGGGGAACAUGACCGUCGACGGCGUUUCCACAGCGGACGACGGGCUCUACAAGUGUAGCAUCGCUGGAUAUGGGGCCUCACCGGAGAGCCGGCUGACUGUCAGAGCGCCACCUGCAGGCCCGGAUCCUCCAGCUCCCCUGCGGUCCCCCUUAACCCUUCUGCGUCACCUGGUGGUGGGUAUUCCUUACCUGCUGUCCACCGUCUUACUGGGACUCAUAUGCAGAGACAGGAGGAGAGGCCACUUGGAGGCAGCCGAGACCAGCUGUCAGCUGCCCCCCAGUGGCCGAGGAAACUGGGGUCCAACUGGGAGGUCCCCCCCAGCAGCCCCCUGCCGGCUGCGGCGUUCACUGCACCACGACGACGGCGGCUCUUCUCAGCGGGACCCGGGGCUGUAGCUGACACCGAGGACACGGAUGCCAGGUCCUCAGUAUCUCUGGUUCAAAAUUUUGGAGUUUUAAACCCCUCGAAUUGCAGUGUUUAUUCCGCGAUUGAAAUUUACACGU